GCGGUUUGGUUGUCGCCGCCGCCGUGAGGAGAAAAAGCGACGGUUGGGAAGCGGGGAAGAGCAACCACCGCCGCCCCUUUCCUCCGGUACGGUGUUCAGGAGACGGGGAGGAGCGGCCAGGCCUCGUCCGGUCGGCGUGCGCGAGAGCGCGCCCCCGCGCGCGCCCCCCUCCUUUCCCUCCCAGCGGCGGCCUGGCUUGAGCGGCAGCCCCGGAGAUGAUGCCGAUGAUAUUAACUGUGUUCCUGAGCAACAAUGAACAGAUUUUGACUGAAGUGCCAAUUACACCUGAAACAACGUGUCGAGAUGUGGUGGAAUUCUGCAAAGAACCUGGUGAAGGCAGUUGCCAUCUUUCUGAAGUAUGGCGUGGAAAUGAACGUCCCAUUCCCUUUGAUCACAUGAUGUAUGACCAUCUGCAAAAGUGGGGACCUCGCAGGGAGGAGGUGAAAUUUUUUCUUCGACAUGAAGAAUCGCCAACAGAAAGCAAUGAACAGGGCCGCCAAACUCAAAAUCAGAGGAAUGGAGUUAAUAUACCUGCAGAGAAACGUACUGAAAAUGGGGUUGGGAAUCCACGUGUUGAACUCACACUUUCUGAACUUCAGGAUAUGGCUGCCAGGCAACAGCAGCAGAUCGAAAAUCAGCAACAAAUGUUGGUUGCCAAGGAACAACGUUUACGUUAUCUCAAGCAGCAAGAACGCCGUCAGCAACAGUCUGUUUCUGAGACGGAAAAGCUUCAAAAACUGAAAGAAAGAGUGGAGACCCAGGAGACAAAGCUGAAAAAAAUUCGUGCCAUGAGAGGGCAGGUGGAUUACAGCAAGAUUAUGAAUGGCAAUUUGUCUACUGAGAUAGAGCAUAUCAGUGCCAUGUUCCAAGAAAAGCAACAGGAGUUACAAGCUGCAGUGUUAAAAGUAGACCAACUUACUCAACAGCUGGAAGACUUGAGAAAAGGGAAGUUGAAUGGAUUCCAGUCAUACAAUGGACAGAUGACGGGGCCUGCAGCUGUAGAAUUAAAGAAAUUGUACCAAGAGUUACAGAUUCGUAACAGGCUUAACCAGGAGCAGAACACGAAGCUCCAGCAGCAGAAGGAACUUCUGAACAAACGCAACAUGGAGGUGGCCAUGAUGGACAAGCGUAUCAGUGAGCUGCGCGAACGCCUGUACAAGAAAAAAGUUGAGGCACGUCAAAAAGAAAACAUCCCUUUGAAUCGGAUAAACGGAACAUCAUCUCCGCAGUCUUCCUUGAGUGCCUCGGGCAGAGUUGCAGCAGUGGGGCCCUACAUCCAGGUUCCUAGUUCCAGUAGUUACACUAUGCCGGUGGACCCAGUGAAGCCACAGUCUCUCACCAUCACUACCAGCGGGACUCACGGAAGAUCCAAAUCUGAUGAUGGUAAUAAAAGAUCUUGGACAGUCUCAGACCUUGAUGUUGGGCCUGAAGCCAGCUCUUCGUGGCACUCAGAAAACACAAAACAGCAGUUUUUGAACUCAAAUGAUGGAAACUGGCCAGCACUUAAGCAGAACUCAGCUCCUGUGGUAAAGCCACCACAAAUCUCCAGUGCAGAUUGGAAGGAAUCAAACAUGGAUGCUGCUUUAAAACAAGGAACGAUUUCCAGUCAGCCUUUGUCGUCUUCAGUAUUAGGGAGUACUGAUAAGCUGGGCCUUGAUAUGGGGAAGGUGCCACCGGCUAUGACUGGUGUAAACAAGCCGUUGCCUCAAAACUAUGGGACCUAUCCAAGCACUGUUCCUUUAGGCACUGGUUCUACCAAUUCCCUGGAAAGACGAAAGGAUGGCAGCCUACCAAGACCAGGUUCUAGUGCAGCAAGUAGGCAAAGACCUGUCCCAUUACCACCAGCAAGCAGCGUUCAUCAGCCAAGCUCCUCCCAGCAAAUCCAGCAGAGGAUAUCCGUGCCUCCCAGCCCCACAUAUCAACCUUCUGGUACCCCCUUAUUUCCAGGUGGAGAUGGCAGGCCUGAUCUCCCCUUAACGGUGGCCAUCAGGCCUUUCUUGGCUGAGAAAGGCUCCAGGCCCCAGUCUCCCAGGAAAGGGCCCCAGACUGUGAACUCUAGCUCCAUCUACUCAAUGUACCUUCAGCAAGCAACACCACCAAAGAACUAUCAGCAGGCUGUAUACAAUACCCUCAACAAGUCUGUAAAAGCAGUUUACGGGAAGCCUGUUGUACAGUCUGGUUCAACUUCUCCUUCGCCUUUGCCAUUCCUUCAUGGAUCUUUACCAGCCAACGCAUCACAACCUCAGCCUCCAAGCGACAGUAGUGAAAAAGAUCAGGAGCUGGAAAACGCCCCGCCGUCUGGAGAGAACAGCAAUGUAGAAAACAUUCCCCGCCCCCUCAGCCCCACGAAACUGACACCCAUUGUUCAUUCCCCACUUCGCUACCAAAGUGACGCUGACCUGGAGGCUCUUAGGAGAAAACUUGCCAACGCACCCAGGCCUCUGAAAAAGCGAAGCUCCAUCACAGAACCGGAAGGCCCCAGUGGACCCAAUAUACAGAAGCUCCUGUAUCAGCGCUUUAACACCUUAGCGGGGGGAAUAGAAGGGGCCCCUUUUUAUCAGCCAAGCAACUCGCAGGACUUCAUAGGCACACUGGCAGAUGUCGAUAAUGGAAACACAAAUGCCAAUGGCAACAUUGAGGAGCCUGUUUCUGUGCCACCCACAGCUCCUCUCCCUGACGAGCCUUCCUCCGACGCCAAUGACAAUGAACUUCCUUGUCCUGCAACCGAGGAACUGAUCAGUGUGGAAACCACAACUCAGACACCUGAAACAACUGAGGAUGAUAACAACAACAAUCCUGCCGUAGCCCUGCCCAUUGAGCGCCCCCCUAGUCCCACCCCCGAAGGCAAUUCCCCAGUGGAAGAUGAAGUGCCGCUGCCACCCGCUCCUCCUCCUCCUCCACUUCCUAUGGCCAAGCGGACCAACCUGAAGAAACCCAAUUCUGAGAGAACUGGUCACAGUUUGAGGGUCAAGUUCAACCCGCUGGCCCUCUUGCUGGAUGCCUCACUGGAGGGAGAGUUUGACUUGGUGCAAAGGAUCAUAUAUGAGGUGGAUGAUCCCAGCAAACCUAAUGAUGAAGGAAUCACCCCUUUGCACAACGCGGUGUGUGCUGGCCAUCACCACAUAGUGAAGUUCCUGUUGGAUUUUGGGGUCAAUGUGAAUGCGGCCGACAGUGACGGAUGGACCCCUUUGCACUGUGCGGCAUCUUGCAACAGCGUUCACCUCUGCAAACUCCUUGUCGAAUCGGGAGCAGCGAUUUUUGCUUCAACUAUAAGUGACAUAGAAACAGCAGCAGACAAGUGUGAGGAAAUGGAAGAGGGUUACAUUCAGUGCUCCCAGUUUCUGUAUGGUGUACAAGAGAAGCUGGGAGUCAUGAAUAAAGGGGUAGUGUAUGCCUUGUGGGAUUACGACGCUCAGAACAAUGACGAGUUGUCAUUCCAUGAAGGAGAUGCAGUUACCAUUCUAAGACGCAAAGAUGAUAACGAGACAGACUGGUGGUGGGCUCGGCUCAAUGACAAAGAAGGCUAUGUGCCUAAAAAUCUCUUGGGGUUAUACCCAAGAAUAAAGCCUAGGCAACGGACUCUUGCCUGAAUUCUAUCCUUUGGCAGUGCAAUAUCAUGCCGGCAACUGGAAGAUGAAAGUAUACACUGGAGACAUUUUCAAUCACAUUUCACCAGGAGAAAUAAAGCUAUACUUGUUUUAAAUGGUGCUCUUGUUAAUAUAUUGGACAGCAUUUGAGGUUUUCAAUCUGCAGUUUGUAAGUGAGGUCUGCUCUAUGUUAACUCACCCAGUAAGUGGGAGAGGUACUCAACACAGCGUAUAGUAUUUCUUUUUGCCAGUCAGAUUAAAGAGAACAAACUUACUUGUGCUAAAUGUUAAAAAAACCUUUUGCAAAAUGCAGAUAUGCUGUCUGAUCUGUUCUAGUCCACAGUAACUAUCCUGACAUGUCAAGACCUUUACUAUUAAAAUUGUCAGCUGAAUGUUGAGUUUGCUGUGUAAAUCCUUUAAAAGAUCUUGGAGAGAGUUGACCGCUGGGAGUUGCCAACAGCCUUCUAGUAUCAAGAACUUAAUGACAAAACAGAGAAGCAUCAACGCUGAAUGGAUUUUUGCACAUUUCUCAAAACCGCACUUGUUCCUUCACUUGAUGUUUUUCUUGAUAUUUCUUGCUUAUAGCACCAAUUUAACUUCCCCUUAUCCUGUUACGCUUUCUCAACCCCCCCCCCCCCCACACCCUGAAUUGCCUCUUCUGGAGAAACCCAAAUUCUGAUUUGAGGGAUUUGUAUGUUUAUAUGGAAGAAAAGUGCAAUAGUUGAAAAGGGUAAGAGUAAAGUUAUUUUUUAAAAAAGCUAAAGGGUUCAUGUUUAAGAACCUUUAGAUCUUAGUUAGAAGGUGACUGAAGGACAGGAGAAAGGCCUGGUUGGUUGUGCAGCAUGGAAGGGAGAAGGAGGGACUCGUUAUGGGUAAAGACAACUUGCUGUUUGGGCUGAGACAGUGCCUCUGGUUCUUGGCAGCCCUGCAUCUAGUGCCAGGGUGAGUUAUGCAAUAACUUAAUCCACAAUGCAAGUUUCAAGCAAAAAAAGCACUUCAUUGGAAUAUCAAUUGUACAUGAUUUUAUACACAGAAGUCUAUUUUGAACUUCCCAUAACAGCUGUAGCCACAUGUUUGAUAAUUUCCUCCCAGUGACACAGUAGGCCAAUGGGCUGUAUUCAUGUCCAUGUUGUGCAUAAUUUAUAUAUCCACGGAUGCAGUGCUGUAAGUUGCUUUUACCACUGUUUAGCAUUAAUUGUAUAUAUUGUGGUGACAAGAAGUGAAAGGGUAUUAUUGUAAAAGAAUAUUUGCUAAAUGAAUGUGAGCCUAUGAUACACGGCUCAUCCAGUGUGCACAAUAAACUACUGCUAUGGUACAGUU